AUGCUGCUGUGGCGCGCGGUGACGUCCGCGUCCGACGGCGGGGACGAGAACUGGCGCAACUCUGGUGUCUUCCGCCGCUCGUGGUAUGCCAUGACCGACAUCCUCACCCCGUUCUCGCCCUCCGCCCUUGCGUCGCUCCCCAAGAAGACGUUUCAGCGCCGCCCGCGCUAUACACGCAUAGACAACGUCCCCGACGCGACCGAGGAUGCCGACGGCCAGAUGCCGACGGUGCGCGACUACCAUGCGAUCAACCUCCCGCCCCAGGUCCGAGUGCCCAAGAAGAUACCAACACCGGUCAAGGUGGAGGGGAAGGUCUGGUUUGCGAAUGAGCGCACUUGGGUUGCGUACAUGCAGACCGCCGUCUUGAUCGGUACCCUUGCGCUUGCUCUCUUCAAUGCAUCGAAGGAUCAAGUAUCGCGGAACUUCGCAUAUGCAUACGCGGCAAUGAGCGUCGCCGUCCUGGUGUACGGCUCCGGUGUUUACCAGCAUCGUAUCACGAUGAUUCGACGCAGGGAUCCUGGACACUUCGAUCAGAUACUUGGGCCGAUCCUCAUCAGCGCUUUCCUCUUCCUUGCCGUUCUCGCCAAUUUUGUCAUUCGAGGUAGGCGGCAGAGGAAAGAAAUUCCUACGCUGCUGCCAUUCGUGCUCUAG